AUGGAUCAAAUAAGCUCACACAUAAUCCAUCCCAUCCAUCAGCGCCAAACUGACCAAGUUUCCUUCGCCCGCGCUCAGAAACAGAACAGUAAUGGCUUCUUCUUCUUCCAUGCUUCUCGGAGGAGGCGCGGGCGCCGCCGCGCUCACCGCUGCCGGCAAGGCUCUUCUCGGGCCGUGCUUCCUCGCCGCUCGGCCUCGCGCCGUCAGUGGGGGCCGCCUCUGCCUGCAAACCGCUCCCAGAUCGUCUCCGGUGUAUAGCAGCGCCUCGGACGUCACCGGCGAAGCCGUCGAGAGCGUGAAGGGCGUGGCCGGGGAGGCCGCGGGAAAGGCCUCGGACGCCAAGGACAGCGUGGUGGAUGCGGCGGGGGACGCGGCAGGCAAGGCACAGGAGGCGGCGGAGGGCGCCGUGGAGGGCGCCAAGACCGGCGGCGACAGCUUGGUGGACGCGGUCAAGGACGGCGCCAGCAAGGUGUCCGAGACGGCGCAGGACCUCGGCGGGCAGGCAAAGGACGCGGCGGAGGGCGCGUGGGACGCCACCAAGGACGCCGCGCAGGGCGUCGCGGACAAGGUGGCCGCCGCGGCCGAGGAUCUGAGCUGAACAUUUACUCCUUUUUACACUUUGUCUAUCCAACUUCGAUCUUAUUCAGAGUCUGAUCAUAUUGGACCUCUGUAAUUUUGUACGCUUUCUAAAUUCUAAUGUGACAGUACCUUUUGAAC